UUGACAAUUUUGUCGUCGAGGAUAUUUGUAACCGAAAAGAAGAUAUUAUAAUUUUUGGAAUAAGAUUGCGAAAAGAUCGAUAUAGCGGAGAAAAUUUCAUUGAUAACGACGAAUUAUUUUAUAAACAAAAAAGUCUUGAGCAAAAGAAUUAAGAUUGAAUCAAGACUAUAAAAUUGUGUCUAGCUGUGAAGGCUGCGAUAGUUAAUGAUUUUGUUGUUGAAAGGAUUAAAAAAGAAAAUUAAUUGAAUAUUAGUCAUUAACGGGAAAAAGUUCUAAGAAGACUCCUUUUAAGGGAGGCAAAACAGAUUUAUCUAAUGAGAUCGCUCAAAAAUAAUACGUUUAUAUACAUAUGUUAGCUUGUGAAAGACCAUUAAAGCAAAGAUUGAGCGACAAAAUUAAAGUUGAAUAAGUAGAAAACGAAUUCACUUGAGAAUUUCUUUGAGAGAACGCGACUUCCAUCAUACGUGCAUAUUCACGUAAGGUGUAUGUAAUCCGGUUUGCAUAAAACGCGAAUUAGACAGAGUCACUAAUUAAAACGACGAUCGAGUAAAAUCUGCACGUCUUUGGUGAAAUUGGCGAAUUGGUUAAAUUCGGAGGCAAAAGUAAUGAAAAAAAUGAUCGUUUAUGUUCCGGGCAGAAUGCCAACUCACGUUGGUCCCUACGGCGCCGCUCGUUACCCGGGCACCCUGCUAGGAGCUGUCCCGGGUUUUUACAGCCCGGUUUCCGGCUACUCUACCAGCCCGGUCUCGAGCUAUUACGCGAGCCUUCACCCACCGUUGGACCUUCCGGUUUGGCCGCGGAGGAUGCCGGCCGAGGAGGAACUAGGAGCCUCGCCGGCCGCCGGUUUGACCAGGCUGGGGGUGUCUCCGGGCACCCUUGGCAACGGCGGUCCUCCGAGUCCGGCGCACAGCGAUUCGGAUGCAUCUAGCUCGAGUUUGGAACUUGGUACUAUCAGGACCGGUGAAAACGCCCAAUUAAAAUGCAGAUGGCAAGAUUGUGGCCGAUGGUUCACGUCCCUGGAGCAACUUGCAGGACAUGUUGGGAGAUUGCACGCAGCGCCUGGUCCGCGGGGUCUGUUUUAUUGUGGAUGGGAAGGAUGCGCAAGAGGCGAGCGUGGGUUUAACGCGAGGUACAAGAUGCUGGUCCACGUACGGACACACACGAAUGAGAAGCCGCAUCAUUGCUUCCAGUGCGACAAGAGUUUCAGCAGAGCAGAGAAUCUAAAAAUCCAUGCGCGUUCUCAUACUGGCGAGCGUCCUUACGUCUGUCCUGUCGAGGGUUGCAACAAAGCUUACUCGAAUUCCUCAGAUAGAUUUAAGCAUACUAGAACUCAUUCCGUAGAUAAGCCGUAUUAUUGCAAGGUUCCGGGUUGUCCGAAGAGGUACACCGAUCCAUCGUCCUUAAGAAAGCACGUCAAGACCUAUCGCCAUUAUGUAAACAACAAUGACAAGGUGCAGGAGAAAAGCUUCGAUGAUAACAAUAUUCAGGAGAAAAGAUUCGAUGCUAAUUCACCCGAUAAGCAAAGCAGCAGUGCGCAUUCCGAAUCGGAUAAGAAGGACUCGAGUAUCGAGAGUAGCAUGUCGGGUUGUAGUCCGAAGACUAGCAACAGCUUUGAGGAACAGAGGAACUUUGUUGAAUGGAAUAACAUGUACAACCUCCAGGAGCAACGAAAAGAACAGGAACAAGUCACCCCACCGAAACCGUAUGAGCAGGAUAUAAAGAUCUAUCCAAGGAUGUACGACGAAAAUUACAUCAUACCGGAUAGGAUUCAAGUGAAUCCCAUGUACGCUGCCAGUAGCACUAUUAUCAAGGAUUGCUCUGUAGCCUCCUCGUCGCCUCAUACGAGUCCAGGUCGAGUAUCCGAUUCGUUGCCGUGUAUCGGGAUGCAAUCAACACCUAUUAAAACCGAGGAACCCAUGGAGUACAGUGUUACCAAGACCACUACUGUAGAUUAUAGAAACAUCGAGUCGAUCGUCAACAGUACACCUUGCAAAAAGGAAAACACAGUCAAUUGCGAUCCAGUGAGGCAUUCGGUAAUCAAACGGGCGGAGGAUCUGAAGAUGGAAAUGGAGCAGACACCGCUCAAAGAAGAAUUGAAAGAUACCAACGUCGACUGUUGCUGCCGGCAUAAAUGUUGUGUCCACAGCAAUGAUAAUAUCUUGCAGAAGACAAAAAUCCUUUCAGAUCUCAUUCUUAAAACACAAAAUCCGCUCUUUCGACAUCUGUUAGGUUCAGUAGAUUUGCAGUAUGGGUUAGAAAACAUGUGGAGUAAUAUCGUAGAUACCAAUAACACAUGCGGCCAAGACCUCAGAGUAAAAAACGAGAACGUUACCGAGAUGGAGCAAGAUCUACCACUGGACUUGACUAUUAACAAAUAACGAACAAUUAGCUAUCACGUACCAAAAAGCUCGUAUUUUGUCAAAUAAAUUUGAUUUUCAUCAAUUGACAAAAUAUGAAUUAAAUGAAAACGUCAUAAAUUUUAGACGCAGUUGAUCAAUAUGAUGAUUGAUUGAACAAUAUAAUUAAUGUAUUAUUUAAAUGAAAACUUUUGAUCACAUUGUGAGAAACCAAAUAUAUUUUAAAACCUCAUAAUACGAGAAAGAUGACGAGAUAGAAACAAUCCAAGAUUGGACAAGAAUUUGCUCAAACCGUAAUUGUCUAGAAAUAGUUGCACUAAUCGAACUAUUAAUUAGAGGUAUAAUUGGACUUAUAAGUGCAACUUGACAACUUUAAUCAAUUACUUUAAUCAAUCACUUGGAGAUGAUGUUCCCGCUUUCAAAUUAGUUACUAAAAUCGAAGCUAACUGUAUCAAUGAAAGUUAAACUGGGAACUUAUUAUAAAAC